GGAAGAGUCCCUGGAAGACAAUGUGCGGGUUGUUGGGGGUAGUAAUGCCCAGCGCGGUGCAUGGCCAUCGCAGAUUUCGCUCCAGUAUUCCUCUGGUGGACAAUGGUAUCACACCUGCGGUGGGACGUUGGUGAGGCAGAACUGGGUGAUGACUGCAGCUCACUGCGUGGACAGAUCCUUGACUUUCCGGGUGGUCGUCGGUGAGUACAACCUGAAUCAGAACGAUGGCACGGAGCAGUAUUUGAGUGUGGGAAGCAAGUUCAUCCAUCCUAAUUGGAACAGCAACAAUGUCGCUGCUGGCUACGACAUCGCUCUGCUCCGCCUCUCCCAGAGCGCAUCUCUGAACACCUAUGUGCAGCUGGGCGCUCUGCCCCCUUCAGGGCAGAUUCUGCCAAACAACAAUCCUUGCUACAUCAGUGGCUGGGGCUUGACCAGGACUAAUGGGCAGCUGGCUCAAAUCCUGCAGCAAGCUUCGCUUCCCGUCGUCUCUUACAGUAUCUGCUCCGGUUACGCUUACUGGGGCUCCACGGUCAAGAACACCAUGGUGUGUGCCGGAGGGGACGGUGUGCGCUCUGGUUGCCAGGGCGAUUCUGGGGGCCCUCUGAACUGCCUGGUGAGUGGCAAGUACUACGUCCAUGGAGUGACCAGUUUUGUUUCCGCCUCGGGCUGUAAUGUCUACCAGAAGCCCACAGUGUUCACCCGGGUGUCUGCCUACAUUUCCUGGAUCAAUAACAUAAUUAACUCCAACUGAACAGGCUGAGAGGAUGGAAUCAACGUCAAAGAAGAACCUCUUUCCCUAAUCGGAAUACAUUCACACGCUGGCCGUCUUCCUCUUCUCUACUGCCCAUCUUCUCUAUUAUCCCAUUUGA